AUGUCUAUGACCCUCGAGAAAAACGGCGCUACAUACUUCAGGACCCAAAACCCAUUUGAAAAAAACUUCGGGUUUAGUCGUGCAGUCCGCAAAGGGCCAUUCAUAUUCGUUGGAGGAACCACCUCCUUCGAUCCCGAGUCUGGGGAGAUGAUGCAUGCAGAUAGUGCUUAUGGACAGGCGAAAGUGAUCUUUGAAACGAUCAUCAAGUCUGUUGAGGCCCUCGGUGGCAAAAAGACGGACAUCUUAAAACUGAAGCUAUUCACCACGACGAUGGAAUGUGGCAUGGAGGUUGGAAAGGCGUUCAAAGAGAUUUUCGAAGAGAUACACCCUGCAGCAAUCCUCAUUCUCGGUGUCACACUAGCAAGUCCGGAAAUGAAGCUCGAGGUCGAGGCAGAGGCAGUCGUGCUAUGAACAAGUUCCAGAAUCUUCGAUCGAGCGUUUUUCUUCCCCAUGUGAAAGUCUGGCUAUUGCUGUUGCCAGGAUUGUAAAGUUAGGAAGGCUGAAUGUAAUCACAACUGAAGUAGAAAAUAUUCCGCUCGACAGAAUGACAUGUUGAAUCAUGGAAUAUCACUGACUGCUGAAUGAUGCCAUGAAUCAUUGUAUUUCAGAGUGACUGAAAUGCGCAUACAUUCCCAUUCAGUUCAACAGAAUUGUGAUAAUUCAGUGGUGACUGAAUCUUCUACUGAAUCAUCUUGGUUCUUUUGUCUUUUCCAU